AGCUCAUUCGCGGCUGAACGUAAACAAAAGUUGUGCGUGCAUUUCCCAUCAUUGUUUUCCGUUUUUCCUUUGUUGCGUAGCGAUUUCCCAACAGUUUUUCGUUUUCGUUUCACUCGUGCUCGUCCAGCCCAUCCGGAAAUCAUAAAAAAAAUCGUGAAAAUGAUAAGUGUUUGACAAAUUUCUGUGUUAAAAAUAAAAUUGUUCUGGAUAGCACUCGCUUCCGCCACCAUCAGAAUUAUGCCACGGCAGAAAUUUCAUGCGUCAUCAACGUUGAUGCGGUGGGGCGUUUCGGCAAUUUGUUUAGUGGUUGCGGUCACAUUCGGAAACGCCCAGAAGGGGGUCUUUUUCGGCUGUUAUCAGCGAGAUAGGUCCGUCCAGCUGGAGUUCGUGACCGAUAAUUUGGACAACUGUUUGGAGCACUGCGAGCGAAUUUAUUUCAGGUACGCCGCCCUAGCGGAUACGCAAUGCUUCUGUUUCAAUGCAAUCCGAUCGCGUCAGAUCGAGGACAAAGAAUGUGAUCUGACCUGCCGCCAGUACGCUAACCAGUCCUGUGGAGGUGAUAAUGCGCAAAGCUUCUACGAGACGGGUGUAGAAGUUUCGGGACCGGUUAAAAAUCUCAAACUGGCCGAAAGAGAAACGGAAAGCAUGAUCAAGGUUUCAUGGGAACCUCCCCCGGUGGAUGGAGUCACAGUUGAGGAAUACGAAAUCAGUGCGACGCCGAAGUCCACCUUCGCCACUUAUCGUUUGUACCCGAAGACGUGGAAGGUCCAGAACAUCUCGCAGUCGUUUGAAAUGUCCGGUCUGGUCCCGGGAACGCGCUACAACGUAACCGUGACCAGUGUGUCCGAAAAGGGUGCCGGAGGACAGACGUGGGUGAUGGCCCAAACGGAAAUAGGCGUACCGGAUCCGGAACCGGAGGAGCCGGUGAUAUUGCGACGAUUGGAUUCAACCAUCCAGAUUCAGAUUCAGAAGGCUAUCAACAACAAUGGACCGGUGAACUACUACCGAGUGGUCGUGCACUAUGUGGACGAUGAUUUGGUGCAGACAUUUGACGAGAGCCAGCUGGAUACGUACCAACGGUCGCGAGAUAAGGGUGUGCCUUAUUACAUUGCUGCCGAGGUGGAAAUGAAGGAUGAUUCAUUGCUGUUCACCGUAGGCGACAAGCGGCACUAUCGAAACUUUUUCAACCCGGAAAUUCCAGUUCGAAAGCACGUGCACAUAUCCAUCGGAAUCGUCAGUAUUCUGAACAAUGUUGUCAAGGUCCGCUACGCUACCACCACACACGAGCAGCAUCAACAUCCGGAUCAUCUCCACGUAAAUUCCACCAAUGUGCCGGAGAGGAACGAAGCGUUGAUCACAGUGCUGGCUGUAGCGUGUGUUCUAUUUGGAAUUGUACUCUUCGGAAGCAUUAUACUCUAUGUCUACCUGCGCUACAAAACAACCAGAAAUACUCGUCCCCUUCGGGACCACCAUGAGAUGGCACUUCAGGGACCAAUUUUGGAAGUGGAGAACAACGGUUACAUUCCGGACAUUUACGAGCAGCGUGGGUUCGAGGCGGAACUGCAUGACAUCAUCGACUCGCUCGCACCCCACCAGAAGCACGCGCGGAAGCAUCUGUCGCUCGAGAUCAACAACAUUCUGGGAUCGGGGAAGUACGGCGACAUACUAAAGGGAAGCCUCCAACGGGAAGGCAUCGAACUCUCCGCACAAGUGCACGUCAUUUCCGACGACAUGGACAAAAUCGAUCAGAUUGCCUUCCUGAAUGAAUUCCGCCGGGUAAUCAAGCUGGAGCAGCACCCGAACGUGCUGCAGUUGUACGGAGUUUGCGUCACACCGGACUGGUGCUAUGUGCUUUUUGAGGAGAUGCAAACUACGCUGAAGCAAACACUGCUGAACGCGCGGAUACCAAAUAACGUUAACAGUCCAAAGUUUUCCACCAUUUCGGAGGAGAUCGUCGUCAACAUUCUUUGCAUGGUGUGCGAUGGGAUGCAGUACUUGGUUGAAAACAAUAUCAUCAACAAAAAGCUAUGCGCUCGAACCGUCUAUGUCAACACCAAAUUCGAGGUCAAGGUGAGUGCGUUCGGACCGCCCAUGUAUGGUGGUGCAAACGGCCAACAGGUGGACAUCGUCCGUUGGAACGCCCCGGAGGUGAUCAAGUUCCAGAACCACACCGCCAAGAGCGAUGUCUGGUCGUUCGGGUUGCUCAUCUGGGAGUGCUGCUGCCUGGGUGCCACCCCGUUCGCAACGUCCACCACCGAAAAUCUCUUCGCCAGCAUCAGAGCAGGCAGUAGGCCCGAAAAGCCGACCUUUAUCUACGAUGACCUCUAUCAGAUGUGCCUUAACUGUUGGGACCUGGACGCGGCGGACCGCCCUGAGUUUGACGACGUGAGUCGCUACCUGAGACAAACGCUACCUAUGCUGCGCUAUAUGCUGUCCUUUGAACGGAAUCAGAGCACGCAGAUACCACCGUACUUACCGGACCUGGAAACCGUCCAGUGAAAAGCGAACAAGAAUCUUAUACGAAAGCAAAAAAUCAAAAUGUAACUCUCUAAGACAAUAUUUACGAAACGAUAAGUAUUUUGUUAAUAAUUCCGUCCAUUAUGUAUUAAGUGAAAAGAAUGUUUUAUAUCCGGAAUAUAUUUUUCUAAUUAAGAGUGCCUGACAGUAACACAUAUUGUAAUAUACAAUAGCGUUUUGUUGAAUUAUUUUUUAACAGUAAUCAUAAUGAACAUUUGACAUUAAAUAAAAAGAUAGAGUAAUUUUAGCACACUUUGUAAGAACAA